AUGUCAUUCUUUAACUUCAAGGGGUUCGGUAGGAAUUCCAAAAAGAAUAAGCAUACUAAUAAUAAUAUGGGGAAUACUGGUUCUCCCGCACCUAUGAAUACGAUCUAUUCUAGUCCGCAUAGCAGUAGUUCGAAGUUAUCACUACGUAAAAAUCAUUCACCUUCGAGGCAUUCCCAGCACAGUUUACAACAAUCUCAACCACAGUCGUCCCUGUAUAGUGGUAAUAAUAAUUACAAUAAUUCUUCAUCGCCUGAGAGGCCGGAAUCUCAACAGGUAAUGUUUUUAAGUGAACCAUUUGUCAGAACAGCAUUAGUUAAAGGCUCAUUCAAGACUAUAGUGCAGUUGCCUAAAUACGUGGAUAUUGGUGAAUGGAUUGCCCUCAACGUUUUUGAAUUUUUCACAAACUUGAAUCAAUUCUAUGGAGUCAUUGCGGAAUACGUGACACCAGAUGCAUAUCCAACGAUGAAUGCUGGACCUCACACUGAUUAUCUCUGGUUAGAUGCUAAUAAUAGACAAGUUUCACUACCGGCUUCACAAUAUAUCGAUUUGGCACUAACGUGGAUCGAUAAUAAAGUUAACGAUAAAAAUUUAUUCCCAACAAAGAAUAACAUUCCAUUUCCACAAAUGUUUCUAAGAGACGUUCAAAGAAUAAUGGUCCAAAUGUUUAGGAUUUUUGCGAACAUCUAUCAUCAUCAUUUUGAUAAAAUUAUACAUCUUUCCCUAGAAGCACAUUGGAACUCAUUUUUUGCCCAUUUUAUCAGUUUUUCUAAGGAGUUUAAUAUAAUUGAUAGGAAAGAGAUGUACCCGUUACUACCGUUGAUUGAAAAUAUGGAAUUUCAAGGUAAAAUCAUUUAA